AUCGCGUGUCGUGCGUCGUGUCGUGCAUCGCGCUAGCUGUGUGAGCUAUUAGACUUAAGAAUAUGCAGCAGCUGAUUGCUUGGGUUGCUUGUACGACAAUAGCGUUGGGUUUGAUCACUUUCUCCAUCCUGCACAAUAUAUAUUCGUCGCCGCAGAAUAACUCUUCUGAUACUUCUCAACAUCAAUCCCAACCCAGUGAAAAAUAUAACGAAUGUGGUCGCAACAUUAAUGUAACAGAUAUUAAUAUAUAUCGCAACAAUGCGACGGAAAUAUUACCAGGACAAUGGUCGUGGCUGGUGGCAUUCUAUUUCGUGCAAUACGACUUUCAUUUUAAAUGUUUCGGCUCCCUGGUGACGAACAGACAUGUUUUAACAGUGGCGCAUUGUUUUAAAAACUCUGAGCAACGAAGUCAGAAUAUACCUGCUAGCGCAAUGUUAGCGUGUUUGGGUCAACACGAUGGGAAAGAUAUGGGAUCGACAUGUCGAGAGCUCGAGAGCUAUAAGGUUCAUCCCGACUAUAAGCACCAGCUGAGUGGUGACUCUGACCUGGCUAUUGUGGUUCUACGGACUUUUGUCGAAUACAGUCCUACGAUCAGACCAAUUUGUUUAUGGAACGGUUCGUCUGAUCUCCAGGAUGUGGUCAAUAAGUCGGCACUUUUAGUGAGAUUUGACCGAGAGGACGAUAUCAAAAUUAAUCUGUCAAUGGUACAAAUUGCAGAAAUACCAAUAGUCAGCCAGGAAGAAUGUGAACAAAGCGAUCGCCGCUUUGCCAAUUUUACUUCAAAUCGUACUUUUUGCGCUGGUUCGAAAGGCAAAGGUUUAUGUGACAUCGAUAGCGGAAGCAAUUUGGUGCUGCACAAUUUAAUCACGGGUCGUUAUGAAAUACGCGGUAUGGCUGCACGAAUAUUAUACAAUGGAAAUAAUUGCAAUAAUGAACAAUACAUAGUGUUUAUUGACUUGGCCAAAUACAUGUCUUGGAUUCUCACCUUUAUAUAACUUUUGUAUCAUAUUUUGUACAUGUAUGUUUCUUAACAAAUUCAUAUAUAAAACACUUGAAGAUACUAGAAAUAUUAUAUUCUUGAAAACCUGUGCUUCCCGACUUAUACGAAUCAUGAUCGCGCAAUGUACGGACGCAUAUAGUGGCAUCCUCAAUAAUUAAGUGCGCCGGCACGUCAUGUAUGCGAUCAAUUUUAUGUUUUACCGUGCUAUUUUAUACCAUAUAGGAGAUGAUAUUCAGUGUUGUCGCAGUACACAGCGCACGCUGAUGCUAUCAUUUUGAAAUGUAAAAUGCUGGCAUGGUGUUCGAACAAUUUAUUAAGCACAAUGUGCCGACGUGUACUUGUCAGAUGUAUCUCGAUGACGCAAUAACAGCAUGCUGUUGCAUGCUCGCGUACAUUUUGCGAUUGACACUUGGUUAUUAGGACGGAACGUAUUGCAAAUCUUGUUUAGUUUCUAAUAUCAAUCUGCUGUCAAGUUUUGUCAGCAAGUGCUGUAGACAGAACACGAGAUUAAUGCGAACACAGAUGGCUAUGGAUCUGCCAUAGUAUUCUGAUCGAAUGUGCCGCCAAUCUGCCGGCAUAUCACUAAAAUUUUGAAUACUGAGUAUAAUUAUCUGUUACAUCCUAGAAGAGGAUGUACGCAACAGACAACACGUACUCGCGCGGCCCGAACAUACUUGCAGGUCUGCGGAUCAGCUUAACCCCUUGGCCUACACGAUAUCUGCCAAUUGCGCGAGCUAUAGUAAACAAGAAAAUCGGUCGCGCGCCGUGCCAUUCAACUGUUCAGCCGUGUACUCGAACUGGCGCAAAAAGUAUACCUUUCAUGACAUAUAUAUUUCAGUGCAACGAAAGGAAUUGUGAAAUAAUAAACAAUGUUUAGGUACAAAUAGUAAUUUUAAGACGUCUAGGGUGCAAUCAUAAUCAAUUGAUCAGUUGACAAAAAUAAUUUAUUAUUUCAAAGUAGAUAAUGAAUCAAUAGCAAUUUGUAAAUGAAUACUUAGUUAAUUGAA